GUGGCGUGUCGUCGAUGGUGAAGCAACAAUGUUGGGUGUUCAUUGGAACUUGUCUAUGAAAUUGUGCUUAUACUGAAUACAGUAACUUUAUUUAUUAAAUUGAAAUUUAUUUAACAGUAUUAUAUUGAACUGAUUUUGAAAAUAACAUUAUAAUCGUUAAUUACUAAGGGAAACGUGGACAUUUAACGUUUUUAUAACAAUAAUUGCGAGGAGAAAGUGUCAAAGAAGAAGUUACUGAAGAAGAAGAAGAAGAAGAAGAAGAAGAAGAAGAAGAAGAAGAAGAAGAAGAAGAAGAAGAAGAAGAAGAAGAAGAAGAAGAAAAAGUGAAAAAUCACGGAUAUUACACAUGAAGUUACAAUAGGAUUUUGUUAAGAUAGGUUAAAUCCGAAACAUGGCAUAUCAGAUAGACCAAGAGGUGCUGCUUAAAGCUGAACAACAAUGCAUGAAAAGGCUGGAACAAUAUACACCUACAGAAGGGUUCUGCAACAUGACGUGGGAUUUGAUGCUGUGUUGGGAAGAAGCACCAGCGGGGACGCUAGUGAAAAAUGCUUGCCCCAGUCAUGUGAAAGACAUUAGCCAGACAGGGUUCGCUCUGCGUGAAUGCGGACUAGAUGGCAUCUGGGUACACCCUGACGAUGGCAACACUACAACCGGUUGGACCAAUUAUACCGAUUGUUUUAAGGAAGAUGCAGACUUUGCAUCUAUAACGAAUGAUCUGACAAGGAUUAACUUAAUGGCCAAUAUUGGAUAUGCUAUAUCCCUCGUCUCGCUGGUAGUAGCUGUUUUAAUAAUGCUAAUUUCCAGACGUCUUCAUUGCAAAAGUAACAGCCUGCACCUCAACCUUUUCACUGCAUUUAUCCUUCGGGCUGUGUGCUCGCUUUUCAAAGACGUAUUAUUUGUGGAAGGCUUGGGUUUAGAAAAGGAUGUCAUUCAGCUAUCAGAGGAUAAAUUCAUCUUCAACGAGGGCGGCGGAACGCAUUGGGAGUGUAAACUUUUAGUGACAUUGUUUAUGUACGCUUUGUCAGCAAGCAUGAUGUGGAUUUUCAUGGAGGGACUUUAUUUACACAUGCUAGUGUACAAAACACUUUUCACAGAAAGAACGGGUAUUCGGAUGUACGUUAUUAUCGGAUGGUUGUCACCUUUGGUGUACGUGAUACCGUGGAUUUUGGUCAAGCUGUAUGCCGACAAUUCAUUGUGCUGGAAUAUCGAUGAACAUGGCUUUAAUUGGAUCAUUAUGGGUCCGAUAAUAUUAACAAUAGUUCUUAAUUUCAUAUUCUUCAUCAAUAUCGUGCGAGUGCUGUGCAUUCGCAUGAAAUCUCACAGAAACAUUACAAACAAAAGCAGCAAUCAACAAAUCAGAUAUUUGGCGAAGUUUGCUCUAGUCCUGAUACCCUUGUUUGGAGUGCUGUACAUUGUGACGUUAGCUUACCCAGUCGGAAUUGAUAUUCGUGCAGAUAUGAUAUAUCUAUACUGGGACAUGUUCUACAACUCAUUCCAGGGAUUCCUGUUAGCAGUGCUAUUCUGUUUCUUGAACGAAGAGGUUCACAAUGAGAUACGACGGUGCUGUUUACGACAUCGUCGCAGCGACAAUUUGUUUACUCGGACAUUUACGUUAUCAACCUACCGUAAAGGAUCCGCUAUGUCGCACACCUCUCACGUUCAUAUCAAUAGUGGGGUUCGUGGAAACAAACGGAACCUUUUGGAAAACGACAAUAAUGUAAGACUGUAUACAAAUAACCAGGAUGCCAUUUCUAGUUCCUCCUCCAGUGGACGUAAACCCGGAGUUCAAAAAUCAGUACGUUACCAUUUAGUCGAAGACAACGACCAAGUUUUCCCGACUAUGGAAUAGAUAACAAACAUGUGAUCGAAUACAGUGAAGUUUAACAUUAUAUUUUAACAUGUCCUUUCUGUUACCGCUUUUGUUGGAUUCGGCCACAUGGCACAGCUUAAAUAUUAGCAAAAACAUGUUUUGAUGUAGGAUGCUUGAUGUUACAUGUAUAACAUAUAUUUUUACAAAGUUCUUUUUGUUAAUUGCGAUGAUUCAUUCGUUAAUCACAACCUAUUCAGGACUUGUUUUUUCAUUCCUCGAUCCACUCUGUGUUGUAUAGAAUGUCAUACCCCUUCUGUUUUGCAGUAAGCGUCGCCUAGGGUGGCAAAGCGGCGAAACGUUAACAUGUUUGCUCGAUUUAAAGGGCUUCCUUUUAUGAACAUGUGUUCUCGAUGUCCACAAAAAUGCAAUUUAUGUUAAAAUUUGAUGUUCAAUUUUUAAGCUCGUUUUGAAUGCGUGAUUGUUUUUUAUGUGUAGGCUAGAUUGCAAUUCUCCAUGACAAGUAUGUAAUGUAAAUAACAUGAGAUCACAAACCAUUAUUGUAAUAUCUUUUAAUAACGUCUUAUAUAGAAAUGAAAGAGAUCCUAUGGUACUUCAUGCAUGCGUGUGAACAAUUGUUUGUAUUUCAUACGAAUGCAAGAUAAUUCAAUGUUAGAGAACAUGUUAGAUUCAAUGUGCACUUAAAAUACUAGUGCUUGUCAUAAGUACGCAUUUAAAAUGACCAAUUUGCAUUCAAAUAUUUUCUUUUCAAGUGCAAUGAGCACAAUUUUAUAGUUGUUUUCAUGUACUUUGGCAUUUUUUUUAUGUAUGAUUUAAAUAGCACAGCCUAGUAACUGUGUUUCAUUGUAAUGGUUAGUGGCAACAUCAUUAUUGUCAACGUGCUACAAUUUAUAAUAAACGAAACUUACAGAUU